AUGGAUGCAAGAGUUCCAUUAUCACACUCAUUAUGGUCACCAUAUGACACAGUAAAAGAUUCAGCCGAUUCAUUAGGGAUAAAUUUACCCGAUGAAGCAGCCAAGAAUCUUGCUAUGGAUGUUGAGUACCGAAUUCAUGAGAUCCUUGAAUUGGCUAUAAAAUUCAUGCGCCAUUCGAAACGAAAAAUGUUAACCACUUCAGAUAUAGACUAUGCGUUGAAGAUACUAAACGUUGAACCAUUGUACGGGUAUGAUAAUUCCCAACCUUUGAAUUUCAAAGAGACAAUGGUGGGAGCUGGGGGACAAACAUUGUAUUAUCUCGAUGACCAAGAAAUUGAAUUUGAAAAAUUGAUUAAUCAGGAAUUACCCAAAGUUCCACGAAGAUGCAACUUCACUGCUCAUUGGUUAGCUAUUGAAGGAGUUCAACCUAUAGUUCCUCAAAACCCAUUACCUUCGGAAAUUAAAAGCUUACCUCCAGCAAUUCGCGGUGCUACUUCGUCAUAUUUAGGUAAUGAUAUUUUGACAUUGGGAAGUAGCUCAACAAAUGCGGUAGAUGGUCAAGAUGGUCAAGAUGAUGUUACAAAGAAUAAGAAUCCAACCGAUAAAGAAUUCGACACUAAACCGUUAGUCAAACACGUUCUUUCAAAAGAAUUGAAAUUGUAUUUCGACAAAGUGGUUGAGGUUUUAAUAUCGACUGACCCUGAAAAGGAGAGUUUGAAAAAUGCCGCAUUGGCGUCAUUGAAAUCCGACCCCGGUUUACAUCAAUUAGUGCCCUACUUCAUUCAAUUUGUAGCCGAACAAAUAACCAAUGAAUUGAGAAACAUCGAAAUCUUAUCAACCAUGUUGGAAGUCAUAUCGGCUUUGGCUGAUAACAAGACCAUAUUUCUUGACCCUUAUGUCCAUGCACUAAUGCCAUGCAUCUUGACUUUAUUAUUGGCAAAACGUAUUGGGCCUGUUAUUAAAGAAUCAGCCGACAAUUACCAAGAAAGUUUGCGGAACCAGUUGGCAGUACGUGAAUUUGCUGCUAUUUUGCUCGAACAUAUAAUUAAAGUCCAUGGAUCAUCAUAUUCGACCUUAAGACCAAGAGUAACUCGAACGUUAUUGCGAGCAUUGCUUGAUUCGACCAAACCAGUGGGAACUCAUUAUGGAGCCUUGUUGGGAUUGAAGAAUUUCGGUAAUGAAGUGUUGAAAUUGGUCCUUGUUGGUAAUUUGAAAAUUUGGUAUUCGUCAGUAAUUGAACUGAAUCAAUCACAAUUUGAACGAGACAUUUUGAUCAAUACUGUGCUUGACAUACUACGAAAAUUGAGUGUUAAAAUCGAUACAGGCGCUGCUAGUGACGAUGGCGAUACCGAUAAGAUGGAAGUAGAUGACGGAUCUAGUGAGGUACCGGAUGAAAUUAAGGAGAAAUUAAAACAAAGAAUUGGCCAACCAUUGGCUGACUUGGUGCUGAACCAACCAGAUGCAAAAGAUAUAGCGAGAGGUAUAUUUUUUGGUGAAGUAGCAGUAUAA